CAUUCUACAAGUCACUUCCUUUUUACACAUACUCAUACUUAAAUGAACAAUUAAAUCCUAAUUCCUAAUUAAACUUUACCAAUACGCUAACGCAUAUCCUUAUCCUUCGUAAAAGUUACCGAAAACUGGAAAAAAAAAUUACUAGUAUAAAUUACAAAGCCACCAUGGUCAUUUUCCAAAUUGCACGCAAAAUCUUGGGCCUUUUUCAAACGUUCCCAGCACCUCAAUUUAUACUUCUUCUCCUCCUCCUCAAACCUCCCAAUUUGCCCAACAUUUUGAUAAAAAGAAAAAAUCCAAAAACCAGAAAAAAUGCAAAUAAACUACGAUAAUUUGAUCUCAAAAAACUCACCUUUUCCAAUUCCAUCAAACCCCACUUCAUCAAUCCCAUCUUCUUCCUCUUACCUCCCUUCAAAUCGCAUUUCCUUCCAAACAACACCGCCAUUUUCAACUCUCAAAGCUCGAGCUACCCUCAACAAUGGCGGAAUCACAAAACCCAUCUCAGAAAUGACCUUCUACGAGCUUCUCGACAUCCCAACAACCGUCGAAUUGUCUGAAAUUAAGCAGGCUUACAAGCAACUCGCGCGCAAAUAUCACCCUGAUGUAUCACCCCCAGAUUUAGUGCAGGAGUAUACUGACCGAUUUAUUCGUGUUCAAGAAGCGUAUGAAACUUUGUCUGAUGCUCGAAUGAGAGCUAUAUAUGAUCGAGAUAUGGCGCGCGGACUUCAUCUUGCGUUUUCUGCUCGGAAGAAGAUGAACCAGUUUGAUGAUGAGGAAAUGAAGGACACAAGUGAUUGGAGAGGUCGUUGGCAGAGCCAACUAUCAGAAUUGAAGAAGAGAAGCAUGUACAAAGAUGCUAAGAAAAACUCAUGGGGUGCUAGAAUGCGCCGUCAAAGGAGUGAAUCACCUUCUUAAUCACGAUUUUAAUGAUAAGCCUCGCUAUGUAUAUAUCUGUAUUUUUUGUUCAGUAGGUUUUUUUUUUUUGAAGGCUUGUUCAGUAGUUUUCUUACCCACAUUUUGUGGAUUUACUAGGAAUAGGAAGAAUUAGCCCUUUGCUGAUUGCUUGGAUUGUGCUUAUAAGUUCAAGCAUUGAUGUGGGCUUUGUCUUCCUGAUUAUAUCGCCCAUAGGUGUUAACUGUGUAAUCAAGAAACAUAUUGCAUAUAUACAUCUAUGCUUCUUGCUCGAA